UCAAGAGUCAAUUUCAUUAUCACGAUUGCCUUGCCAACUGAACAAUAUUAUUGAAUCUGAACAUGAAGUUGUAAUGUAAAGUAUGUAUGGAAAUAAUUUAAAUUGCUUAAUUACAUCAUUUUUAAUAUAUGAAUCGUCACAUACAGUGGGGCCCAAAGGUCUGAAACAUUAACAAUAAAUUCAUUCAUUAAUAAUUUGUAAUAAAAAAAUUAUUCAUAAAUAUAAAAUUGUGUUAAACUGUAAAAUGUGUCAAAACAAUGUUAAUUCAGUCACUAACAAGCUGUGAUCUUACAAUUUAUCAACUCACAUUUAAAUGUAAUUUAUUGCUAGGUAUAUACAUAUGUUUGCUCUCAUAUUAUAUGUUAAUGUUCAGAAAAACACCCUCCUCUGUGUUACUGUUGUAGUAAUAUCUCCUUUCCAGCACGAGAUGUCUCUCUUCUUCAAUGUGUGACAGUUUCUGGAAUCUUCACCCACAAACAGUUGGAUUAUUUAUGGUUGAGCUACAUUUAUCAGAAACACAAUCUGAUGCACUAAACGUGUGUAUUUUGCACGCACACUGUACACUGACAGCAGUGGAGCCGCAGCAGUCGCUCUUACCUCGUCUGUGUUUGCCUCGCACGCGGAUCAACACACAACAAUGGCGACGCUCACAACGUCAAGCAAAAGACCGUACCAUAUCAUAGUGUUCGGAGCGAGCGGUUUUACCGGCCAGUUUGUUGUGGAGGAGGUUUCACGGAUGUGUAACGAGGGUCCAGGAGGGACGUUACAAUGGGCUGUAGCCGGACGAAACCGCGACCGACUGGAGAAAACACUCGUUCAGGCAGCUGACGCUCUGCGUAAACCAGAGCUGAAGUGUGUGGAGGUUAUUGUAGCAGAUGUAGCCGAGCCAGAGUCGUUGGCCAUCAUGUGCAAACAAGGAAUCAUUGUGCUCAACUGCGUGGGACCAUACAGAUUCUACGGAGAGCCGGUGGUGAAGGCCUGCAUUGAGAAUGGGGCACACUGCAUUGAUAUCUGUGGAGAACCGCAGUUUUUAGAGGGGAUACAGCUGAAGUACCACAGUAACGCUCAGGAGAAGGGUGUGUAUAUCAUUGGAAGCUGUGGGUUUGAUUCAAUUCCAGCAGAUAUGGGCAUCCUUUAUACACAGGAUCAAUUCAGAGGAACGCUCACUGCUGUGGAGAGCUUCUUAACCAUCAACACAGGACCUGAGGGAGGAUGUGGCCAUGAUGCAACGUGGCAGUCUGCCAUAUUUGGCUUUGCUGACAGUGCCAGUCUCAGAAGAAUAAGGAGGAAGUUUGGGCAUAAACCUCUGCCUGCUGUUGGCGCUAGAAUUAAAAAGAGGGGAGCUUUGUUCUUCAGUAAGGAGAUUGAGCAGUAUGCCAUUCCCUUCAUGGGCUCAGAUCCAUCUGUGGUGCGACGGACUCAGCGCUAUAUGCACGAGGAACAUAAACACAGCCCUGUUCAGUAUGUGGCAUAUGUAGGUAUUGGUGGUCUCUUCUCCGUGCUGAAGACCCUCUUUGCAGGUGUCGUCUUCUGGUUCAUGGUCAAGUUUAGUCUUGGCAGGGGAUUGCUUACUGAGUUUCCAGAAUUUUUCUCAUUUGGUUUGUUCUCCAAGACGGGACCAACAAGAAAGCAGAUGGAUGGAACCUCUUUCAGCUUGAGGUUCAUGGGGGAGGGCUACACGUCUGGUCAUGACCCCUCUCAGGGCAAACCAAAUGCCAAAAUCAGCACUGAAGUAACAGGACCAGAGCCAGGAUACAUCGCAACACCGAUUACCAUGGUGCAGGCAGCUAUUACACUGCUUAAUGAACAUCACUGUCUCCCGAAUAAGGGUGGUGUGUACACUCCAGGGUCAGCGUUUGCAAGAACCACCCUAAUCGACCGUCUGAACAAACACGGAGUCCAAUUCUCACUGAAGAACGGACAAUAGACAGGAGUCCUCUUACUCUCUCAGAUUCAAUCAGCCUAGCUGAUCUCUUUUAUUAUAUAAAUAUAGUCAAAUGUGUUGUAUGUCUUUACUUUUUUGUGAUUCAUCAACCCUCAAGCAUCCUCUGGGAAAAAUUUGGGCAAAAUCUUUUAUUUUUAUAGUUUCCUUUAAUCUGAGCGGUACAAGACUUAACUGCUUCUACUAAUUAUGCCAGCUAAACUCACACACACAAAAAAAAAUUACUCGGUACAGCAAAGUUAAGUGUAAAAAAAAAAUUAUUAUAUAUAUAUAUAUAUAUAUUAGGGGUGUAACGGUUCACAAAAUUCACGGUUCGGUUCGAUACGAUACACUGAUGUCACGGUUCGGUUCGGUUCGGUUCGAUACGUUUUAGAUACAGCAAAAUGUAAAAACAUCUCAACUUUUCAGAAUGCCGCAAGCGCACCGCGGGUCAUGUGACAAGAACCAACCAAUCAGCUUCAUCCUUUCCCGUAACAAGGUUGAGAGCUCAGCCAAGAUGAAGGAACAGCUGAUCAUAGUUGUAUAUGGAUUGCAAUUUUGAAAUAAAUUUAGUAGCAGAGCUACUGCAAGCGAUUUUUAGAGCUGCAAAUCCAUUUAUCCUUCGCUGAAAUUUCCGCGUCUCAUGGAGAGAGCACGUCAUUGUUGCUUAGCAAAGACAGACGCCUCAUGAGCGCUUCUGCCCGAGCGCUUUGGAAAGGAGGAGAAAGACGUGCUUAGCGUUUUCCACGCGUUUUUAGGAGCGAUAUGUGAACGGCCCCUAAGGCGCUCGCUCACUCAGCACGCGCUGAAGGCUCGUUGCAAAAUGUCUAAUGCAUUUAACAGACCAGAAAUAUAAGAUCUAAAAUAACCAACAGGUCUGGUGUUUGGGUUGGAUUCCCUGUAAGCUAUAGUGUCUAAAUGCUGCAGGGAUAGUUUGCUGCGUGCAUGUUUCUCCUUUUUUUCGUCUUUUCCCAGAUAGUACUGACGCAUAUAUCCCAGAUAUUCCCGCUGGUUUUUUUUUUUUUUUUUUUUUGUAAUCCCGCUGGUGUACCCUGUCAUGUUGCAGAUGCGACAUACCGUUGUUUUUUUAUCCACCACUCUCUUGCCAUCACCAUUAUAGCUUAAAGGGAAUCCAAAGUGCACCCAAACACCAGACCUGUUGGUUAUUGGGGGAUCUUCUCAUUUCUAGUCUGUUAAACGCAUUGGCUAUUUUGCAACGAGCCUUCAGCGUGUACUGAGUGAGCGAGCGCCUGCUGAGUAGCCUAACAUAAACAUAUAAGAUGGUGUUUUUUUCUUCUUCGGGAGUGUCAGGGGCGUUGCCUGUUACGUUGUUUGGGUUAUUGGGCUACCUUGUUGAACGCAUAUCAUUAUAUUUCUAUCUCUCUCUUUUUUUUUUUUUUUUUUCAAAUAUAAUUAAUUACUACAACGAACCGUUCGGUAUACAUAAUGCGUACCGCGUACCGAACCGAAAGCGUCGUACCGAACGGUUCAAUACGAAUACGCGUAUCGUUACACCCCUUAUAUAUAUAUAUAUAUAUAUAUAUAUAUAUAUACACACACACACACACACACAUACAUAUUUUUUCCUUAGAGGGGACCCGUCGGAAAUUAAUGGGAGAUACUAUAAUUCAGAGAAUUUUUUAUUUACCUAAUAAAAAUCUAUAUAUCCAACACGAUGCACAUCAUAAAUACACAUAAAUGAAGGGAUGAGCCUAUACAACAUUCUCAAUAUUACAAACACACACACACCUAUAUACAAUUUUCUAACAUCUUUGUUAGAAAUAAAUGACUCAAUUGUCUUUCCCUUAUCAUGGUCAGAUUUGUCUUUAAGCAUAUUUUAGCAUUUUUGUAUUGCCUCACCCAACAAUUUUCUGCAAUUUUAACUUGUGAUAAAAUCUAAAACGUUAGCGGUUAAGUUCGUUAAAACAGUGACUUAUAGAUUUUAGCAUAUAUUCAGCCAUUAAGUACAACUGAUAUUUUUUUUAUAUUUUUAUGGCAUCAUAUCUCACCAGAUGUCACCAAAGUCACCAAAUCAUUAGAUUUUGGAUGUCUGAAUUUACUAGAAUAAUUGUUUACAUAAGUAAAAUAAAUAUUAAAUAUAACAUACACAUAAGCAUAUUUUACAUAACAAUUUGGAGGUAAAUAAAAAACAAAAACAAAAAAAUUGCAUAUAUUGAUCGUUUUUAUUUUAUUGAAGAUAGUGAUAUGACAUUUAUUUAAAAAACACUGGGAUCACACCUAAGACCAAUUAAAGGCUUCUAUGUGAAGAAUGCUUGAGGGUUAAAUGUCUCAGAUCUUGAAGUAUGUACUGUGAGCCCAAAACACUUUUGGACACUUAAGUCACAUUUAAUGACACUAGUAUCCCUUUCCUGAUACAGUUUGUCUGUUACAAAUCUAUAUUUAUUAAAUUUUUGCAGAAUAAAGAGAGAUCUUAACAUUUGUGAA